AUGAGUAUCUGGACAGCGAAAAAGGACGGCGCAAAUGGCAUCGAAGAUAUGGUGUUGCUAUCAAAGGUCACGGACGAUCAAAUCGUAGAGAACUUGAGGAAACGGUCGAUGGCAGAUCUCAUGUUCACAUAUAUAGGUCCUGUACUUGUCGCAGUGAACCCAUACAAGAAACUCCCAUACUUUACAGAAAAGGAAAUCGACACUUAUCGUGGCGCAAAUGCUUACGAGCACAUGCCUCACAUAUGGGCUGUAGCUGACAAGAUGUUUCAAAACAUGGUCAGCGAAGGUGAAAAUCAAUGUGUCAUCAUCUCUGGUGAAUCAGGUGCUGGAAAGACUGAAUGUGCUAAACUGAUUAUGAAUUACAUUGCUGCCGUGUCUGGUGGUGGUAACACGGUCGUGGAGCAGAUUAAACGUAUUAUAUUAGAAUCAAAUCCACUUCUUGAGUCAUUUGGUAACGCCAAGACUCUACGUAACAACAAUUCGAGUCGAUUCGGAAAAUACUUUGAGAUCAACUUUAAUCGAGGUGGUGCACCAACUGGAGGUCAAAUCUUGAACUUCCUGUUAGAAAAGUCACGCGUAGUCGGCCCAGGAAAAGGCGAACGAAACUUCCACGUCUUCUACCAACUAACCAAAGCAACCUCUGGUCAAGAACGAGAAAAUCUCGGAAUGAUGGACCCUAAAAGCUUUAAAUACUUGAACGUUAGCAAGGAGUACAAUGCUGAUGGUAUAGACGAUGCUCAAGAGUACAAGGAAAUGAGAAAUGCCAUGAACGUGUGUAGUAUUAAUCAAGCAGAUCAAGCUAAUAUUAUGCAGAUAGCGGCAGCUGUGCUGCAUUUGGGCAAUAUUGAUUUCGUUGAGGAGAAGAAUAAUGCGCAAGUUCGUGAUCCUGGGACUUUGUCAUUCCCUGCGUAUUUAUUGGGCGUUUCUGAAGAUGUCCUUCGUGACAAAGUCACAAGUAGAAUAAUGACCACUGGUGGAUUUGGUAAACGAUCAUCUAAUUAUCAAGUGCCUUUGAAUGUCCAACAAGCUCAAGGAACUAGAGAUGCUUUGGCCAAGGUCUUGUACAGUCGAAUGUUUGAUUGGAUUGUACAAGCUGUAAACACAGCCAUGAAGAAUUUAUCAUCGCGGACUGGAGAAGGCAAUUUGUGUUUGGGUGUCUUAGAUAUUUUCGGAUUUGAGAUUUUCGAGCAGAAUGGAUUUGAACAGUUUUGCAUCAACUAUGUUAACGAAAAGCUGCAACAAAUCUUUAUUGAAUUGACGCUCAAGUCUGAACAAGAAGAGUAUGUGAGAGAAGGUAUUCAGUGGACACCUAUAGAUUAUUUCAACAACAAGAUCGUGGUGGACCUCAUUGAGAGCAAGCGACCUCCCGGAAUCAUGGCCAUUUUGGAUGAUGUUUGUUUUACUAUGCAUGCAGUUACCGAAGGUGCCGACCAGAAGUUUGUACAGAAAUUGGAUGAGAGUGUCGCACCUCACAAGCACUACCAAGGUCUCCAAAACCAAUUCAUCAUACAUCACUACGCUGGAUCCGUGACAUACGAAUGUGAUGGUUUCACUGAAGCCAACAAGGACACUCUCUUCAAAGACUUGAUCCAAUUAAUGCAAUCCACAAACAACCAUUUCAUAAAGAAUUUGUUCCCCGAACAAAUUGAUGAUCAAGACAAAAAGAGACCUACAACAGUCAGUUUCAAGAUCAAGAAUCAAAGUCAAGAAUUGGUUGAUACUUUGAUGAAGUGUACACCUUCUUAUGUUCGUACCAUUAAACCCAACGAAACCAAACGGCCUAAAGACUUUGAUUCAAAACGAGUUGAACAUCAAGUGCGAUAUCUCAACUUGAAGGAAAACAUCAAAGUCCGACGGGCUGGUUUCGCUUACCGUGUAACGUUUGAUCGAUUCAUGCGUCGAUUUGGUAUUUUAACGGACGAGACGUUCCCACAAUGGCAUGGUCCAGUACAUGAAGGGAUAGCCCACAUCAUGUUGGGCAAAUCUAAAAUAUUCAUCAAAUCACCGGAAUCUCUCUUCUUGCUUGAAGAAGUGCGAGAACGUAAAUACCAUCAUUAUGCCAAAAUCAUUCAAAGAGCAUAUCGAUCAUGGAAGUCCCGUAAAUACUUUAUCGAGCUACGAAAGAAGGCGGCUGAUGUCAUGUAUAAUCACAAGGAGAGGAAACGUAUGAGUUUGAAUCGGAUAUUCAGGGGUGAUUAUGUUAAUUAUCUGGAUAAUCCAGUGUUGAAGAAUUUAUUAGGCAAAACAGAAAAAGUUGGUUUUGGGCAAGAAGUCACCAAAUAUGAUCGAAAAUUCAAGCCAUCCAAGUUGGAGCUAUUGAUAACAGAGACAGCUGUAUAUUUGAUCGGUUUAGAUAAAGCUAAAGAUGGUCCCAACAAGGGCAAACUUGUAAAGGCUAUCAAGCGGAAGAUUCCACUCUCUGGUGUUGGUGGUAUAUCUGUCAGUACAAAGGCAGAUGACUUUUUCGUGCUGCAUGUUCCAUCAGAAUACGACAAUGUCUUACAGAACAUGUACAAGACUGAGUUGAUUACUGUGUUGAGUGAAAAGUAUGAAGCUGCGACUGGUCGCAAACUGCAAAUAAACUUUGAGGACAAAAUCAAGUAUUCUUUAAAGAAGACUUCAUUCCAAGGUGGAGGAGCGCAAGAGCUUACAUUUAUUACUGACGCGGCUGCCAAGAACCCAGUACCCAAACCAUCUGGCAAGGGUGCUGAAAUACGAGUUCACCCUGGUUUACCAGCUGAUUCUAGACCCACACAACAACAAAUAUCAACAUCAACACGACGAACUGGUGGUGGAGGUGGAGGAUACAAAGCUCCAUCCAACAACAAAUACAACACCAACAAUAAUUCGAGUGCUGGAUACUCUAUGCCACCACGUCCAUCCGGCGGCACGACAUCAUCUGCAGCUCCAUCAAGACCAACGACGUCAUCGUCAUCAGUUCCAUCAUCACGCCCCAAUGUUGGAGGAGGAAUGUAUGGAGGAGGAGCACCACCUUCUGGAGGAAUGUAUGGAGGAGGAGCAAGACCAGGCUCGAAUAGCAAUAUCCCAUCGAGUAUAUCUCAUAGUAAUAUUGCUGCUACUGCUACUCCGUACUCUUCAAACAAUAAUUUGGCGGCUAGUGCUAAUGCUGCAGGAGCAGCAAAGAAGAAGGCUCCACCACCUGUUCCGCCAGCAAAGAAGUUGCCUACUGUUAAAGCACUUUAUGAUUACAAUGCUACCGAAGCUGAUGAGCUGAGUUUCAGAGCUGGCGAAAUGAUUACAGUUAUCAGUAAAGAUGAUGCUGGUUGGUGGACUGGAAGUUCUAAGGGAAAGAAAGGAUUGUUCCCUGCCAAUUACGUGCAAGAAUGA